AAAGAUAUAAUAAAUUAAAAUUUAUGACAACCACAGACAAAAAGAAGUCUUAUGGUUACCGGUCUACACCGUGCGAAGAAUGCCUAAAAAAGUUUUUGAAAAAAAGUACAGAAGAAAAACGUUAUGCAAACUUUAAUUGGUGUUGCGAUGGUGUUGAUAGUGGCAGUGGUAAUAAUGGUGAUGAUGAUGAUGAUGAUGAUGAUGAUGAUGAUGAUGAGACUGAUGAUGAUGAUGAUGAUGAUGAUGAUGAUGAUGAUAUGAUGACGACGAUGAUGACGAUGUCUUACAACCAUUUCAUAGAGCACAUACAAAAAAUUGCACCCCGUGCUUUACAAUUCAAAACAGUUUGCUGCGUUUUUGCUGCAACUGCCCGUUGGUUGCUGUAGUU